AUGUCAGUGCUGAACCAGAGUGGAGAAGAGCAGGUGGAAUGUCCGCUGUGUAUGGAACCCUUGGAGGUGGACGAUCUCCAUUUCUACCCGUGCACAUGUGGAUACCAAAUAUGUCGUUUCUGCUGGAACCGCAUACGGGAGGGCGAGAACGGCCUGUGUCCUGCGUGUCGGAAGGCUUACCCCGAAAAUCCGGCAGACUUCACUCCGCUCAGUCAAGAGCAGGUAGCAGCAAUAAAGACGGAGAAAAAGGCUCGCGAGCAGAAGCGGCGGAACAAGACGCUGGAGUCGCGGCGAGCGCUUGCGAACGUUCGCGUGGUGCAGAACAACCUCGUGUUCGUCGUGGGGCUACCUGUUCGGCUCGCCGAUCCAGAGAUCCUAAAACGGCAGGAGUACUUUGGCAAAUAUGGAAAAAUUCACAAAGUAGUUAUAAACCAAAGUACCGCAUAUGCAGGGUCACAGGGUCCGUCAGCGUCAGCGUACGUGACGUACGUAUCGCCGGCGGACGCGUUGCGCGCGAUACAGGGCGUCAACAACGUCACGUUGGACGGACGCGUGCUAAAGGGCUCGUUGGGCACCACCAAGUACUGUGCCAACUUCAUGAAGAACCAGCCCUGUCCGAAGUCCGACUGCAUGUAUCUGCACGAGCUAGGUGAUCCUAAAGCGUCCUUCACCAAGGAGGAGAUGCACGCGGGCCUGCACCAGGUGUACGAGCGGAAACUCCACAAUCAACUGCUGCAGGCGCAGCGGGAUAAACCCGACGAAAAGCAAGCAACAGGUAACCCUAGUACGAAUGCAGAAAAAGGCAGUUCAAAAGAUGGUAAUCAAUCGAACUUUAUUCCGACAACAGUGGUCACAUCUUCACAUAUAAACGUAGUCAAUUCAACUAAAUCUAAGAAAGAUCCGCUAGGCGUCAGCAACGGCAGUAACGGCAGUAGCAGCAGCAGCAGCGGCAGUGGGAAGGACGCGUGGCCCAGCCUCGGGUCAUCCCCGCCCGCCCACAGCCCCGCACGGAAAAUGAACAGCCCCAGACCCUCAAAAUCACAAGAAAACGGCACAUCGGAAUCGUCAAGUCCCACACUCGUACAACAGCAACCACAGGCGAAAAGCAAAGACACACACACAGACACAAAAACCAACAGAGCCAACAAAGAGAACGGCACAAGCGCACAGACAAAGAAGAGCAAAAGCGACAAAAAGAAAAUUAGCAAUAGUAUUAAUAACGAUAACAGCGACGACACGGAACCAAGCAAACAGUAUAACUGCACCCAGUCACAAUCUGUCUUUGAAAGUGAUACACAGAACUUCCUAAAUAGCGAUUUAGACGAAUUAGAAUCGGACAGACACAGCCUGUUGGAAAACCACGACUUAUUAGAUAAUAGCGAACACAGCCUACUAGACGAUGAUAAUACACACAAUCUACUCAACGAUGCGAAUAAUGAAGUCAUGAUGAUGCAGAGGCAUAGAGAAAUGUUGGCCGGUCUCGUGGACAAUAACCAUAUAUUGCCACACAUGAAGAAUUCUUUAGUCAAUGGUUACGGUCUGUUAGACAGAGAUAUGCCGUAUAUAGGUAACGAUAGGCCGCUUAGUCAAAUUAGCCAAGGUCUCAUGGACCAGAAAGAAUUGAUGUUGAGGGAAAGAAGCCGGAGUGAAAUGAUGAUGAGACAGAACGAGCUCUUAGCGAGACAGCACAAUGUAGUCAUGGAACCUAAACAUUAUAUGCCUAUAUCUAAUAUAGGAAUGGAGUCUACUAGUGAAAUAUUAGGUGCUAAUUACCAUCCCAAUCCCAAUAUGCUGCCACCUUUCGGUAUGCGCAUUGAAAACUCCAUGGGAGGUAGUGGUCUGUCUUCUGGUAUGCAGGCGGGUCCCAGCCUGGCCAACAGUAUGGGUUUCAUGAUGCACAACCAGCAAAUGAUGCCCCAGGGGAUGGUCAACGGGUUCGAUGCCCCGCAGAAUACGAAUGAGGGCCGCUACCUAGCCGAGAACAUGGAUAAGUUCUUCACAGACUUCCACAAGGCACAGCAAUUAAGACUGCUGAGUCGCGGAGACGAUGUCUCCUCACGCUAUCCAGAUCAUCACCAUUUACCGCACAAUAUGCUCAGCGCAGAGAGACUCGAAAUGGAACACAAGCAGAGAAUGAACAAUAUGCGAGCCGAUGGUAUGGGCGGUCGAGCGGCCGGCGACGGAGACGACGAUCUAGACUUCGACCCCUUCAAGGAGACACAGAAGGCGCUCGCCGAGAUGAUGGAGACGGAGAUGAUGCAAAACACCGUACCCAGCGGAGACAGUAUGGAACGCGUGCGAAGGGCUCGCCUGGCGCCGCCUGGCUUCAGUCACGUGGGGCAGUUUCUACCACGCCCCGCCCACACUCACAGCCAAGGUUUCAAUUCGAACAGCGCCAUGUUUACAGACUGGACCCAAAUGGACCCGGCGAUCAUGUCCACUUCCGUUCAGAACUUCGGCAAAACUGGCCCCGCGCCCGCCCCCGCUACGUCUCAACUAAGUCAGCAACAGCAAGAACUAUUCGCAAGAUUCAAUCAACUAGGCGUCGGACCACAACAUCAAACCCAACCACCCAACGGAGUCAACAAAAUACAACUACCACUUAUUCACCAAUGGUCCCAACAGCCCCAAAAACUUGCCUGGGGCCCAUACAAUGGCAUCCCUCUACCACCUGGCUUCGCACCCUCCAAACCACCCCAACACCCCGCCGAGUGUAUCGACGCGAAGUAA